CAGGGAAGGGGAGGAGAUUUAAAUGGCCAGCUUGUGAAAAAGGUAGUGUGGGGGCAAUUAGAAGCAAGACCGGAGCUCAGAGCAGGACUGGAAACUGAAACUGUCGGUGCAACUUUACGCACGGGGCGGAUCGUCACACGUUUUUUGGACUGAAUAGACUGCUUUUUUUACGUUUUGCCAUGAAAUUGUUUUGUCAAAACUGGCUGCCAUAUUAUGCUGAAAGGUCGUUUUAGGACUUUUGCUUUGACCUGAGUUCGCCUGUGGGCCUUAUUUAUUGAUAAACACAAUCCACUUGAUCAGGUUACACGCGGCGUCAGAGCUACGUGACUGCACUCAUUCUCAACAUGAAACCAACCGGGAGUGGAUGAGUAGGAAAUUCCCCGGUCAGCAUUUUUUUCUCCUUUUCUGAGUAGUGUGGCACUUUAGUUGGAUUGUUUCAUUGUGUGCACCGGGAGCCAUCAUCCCAUCUCCACUCGCAGACAUCGCGAAAUGAAACUCGGUCUCGUCAUCCAGACUGCGGUGACGCUUUAUCUGCUGCUCUCACCUGCACAGAGUCUUCCCCAGCCCGUCAUACACAAUACUACUGAAGUGUUGAUGUUUCAAGAAGUGUGGGGUCGCAGCUUCUGCCGGACCAUUGAGAAGCUGGUGGAGGUGGUGCAGGAGUACCCGACAGAGGUGGAGCACAUCUACAGCCCCGCCUGUGUGCCGCUUGUGAGGUGUGCAGGUUGCUGCGGGGAUGAAAACCUGGAGUGCCAUGCGACCCUCACCACAAACGUCACCAUGCAGCUGUUGAAAAUCAGGCCAUCAGAGCCCGGUCAAGAAUAUGUUGAGAUGACGUUUGUGGAGCAUCAGACAUGUGAAUGUAGAGUCAAGAAACCUAUUGUGAAAGUUGAAAGGAAAAGGCAACGAGGACGAGGAAGGAAGAGAAAAGAGAAACAAAAAGCAAAACCAAAAGAGUGUGACAGUUGCCAGAACCCUCGCAGGUAACUGCAGUGGCGACCCAACCCCAUUUGCGGUGUGGCUCGCUAUUUAUUUCUAACCCAGUAUCAACAUCAAGAGUCUCCCUCGCUUAUCUAUCAAUACUGUGUCUGACUCUGCAGCCAGAGACUCUAACAGCUGGGUUGUUUUGCUGACAUGCCAUCCUGACGAUGGCCCGAGUGUUUUAAUGACAAGCUUCAGUCGGAAGUGUGUUUUGAUUGGUGGAAUCACUGCUGUUACACAACGGACACAAUGGACAUCCCUGGGAGCCAGUGCAAUGUAGAACCAAACAGACAAUCUUUUAUUUUACACUAGUUAUUACUGUACCCGUUAUUGUAAUUUGGUCCUUUCUUUGGUAUUUGAAGUUGGUUACAUUUGUUUUGAUUCUAUAUUUAUUGAUACAGCUGAAUAUAAUUUGACUAUCAACCGUCUUUGGUUCAAACAUUAUCCAUGACGCCUUGACUUGUCAUAGCAGCAUAUUAUGUUGGACUGUGAAGCUGCUUUGUACAGGACAUAAUGAAAUGUCUCCCUCUAGUGUUUAUUGAAACAGUGUUCAAAACUGAAAGUUAUUUUUUUUUUCUAAAUUUUUUCCUGCAAAAUCAUUUAAUGUUGUUCAAUUAAAAGAUGUCAUUUAUUUUGGACUACUGUUAUGACCAUAUCUGUGAACAAAAAUGUGGAAAAGCUAGAGCACAUUACAUAUAAACAGGAUGGGGGCAAAAAUCAGAAAAUUAGUUAUUGGAAAAGUCAAUUUUGAUGCUCCCCACAUUGGCUUUACAUUAAUUUGGCAUGGUGGUGCCCAAAACAGCUUGGGUGCUGCACCUAGGCCUUAUAUUUACAAUCACUGCAGUCAGGAAGAGAUCAAUUGAAGUAUGUAAAACGAUGUAAACAUGUAAAACAAUGUCCUUUUGUAUUUUUUGUUUAUGUACUUACCUACACAAAGAAAAUCUAUAUGAAAAUGUACAAAGUAACAUUUCUACUGUGUGAGUAUUUUUAUCUCAUUGAAAUAUUUAUUUUGUAAUUAAAUUGUUAUGAUUGUC